AUGGUACGAUGGAUAAUAAUAACUGGGUCCAGUAUAUCACAGGGGUCAAUAGAGGGUGGGUAUAAGGCGAAUGGGAGACCACUUUUUCUUGCCCGGGCACAAAUUGAAGGUGUCAUGACGCCUGGAAAAUGUGGCUAUCACCUUCCUGGAGCUCAUAUUCCAUACAGGUCUGAAGAACGAAUUGUUGAAGAGUACAAUGUUUUGAUUACUUCAAAAACUCCUGGAUAUUUUGAUUGGCAAAGUGGUUCUUUCGGCAAUGUCCCAUCACAUGCGUUCAGAAUGGAUGAUGGGAUAUAUGUGGUUAGAGCGUUCUACCGAGGAGGUUUAGUGCCAGGGAAAGUUGAUUCUUGUAGGAGUGCAUACAUAAGCUAUGGAGGGGAAGAAAUCAGGAUUCAGAAUUACGAUGUCUUCUGUGAGAUUAAAUUAGGUUAA